GUCCAGCUCAAACGCAAGGUCCUCGAGCUCAUGACACAAUGGCCAAUACUUUGAACAAUAAUAACAGUAACAUGUUUGAGAUUCAUCACCAUCAACUUGGGUCAGUCACAUCAGGAUCAAUACUAUACGGGAACAACCCGCUUGUUUCGUGCUCAAAUCCUCAGCUGAAUUGGGUGUUUGGCGGUAAUAAUAAGAACGGUAGUCGUCAUCAUCAAGACCAGCUGAUCAGUGUUCCUUCCUUGUACAGCUCCCAACAUCAGCAAUGCCAUCAAACAUCCUCGGCAAACAUGUCUGCCACAGCUUUGUUGCAGAAAGCUGCUCAAAUCGGGGCAACCUCAACCGACAGAUCAUUCCUGGGAACCUUAGGGUUGAAAUGCAGCAACAGUCACGGACAGGAAGGGAACAAAUUUUGUGGGAUCUAUGGUUCAGGUUCAGUACUCGUAUCUAGCCUGGAAAGCGAGACAGAGAACCCAGCAAAACGCAGGAAUAUACAGCAGAAAGAAGAGAACAAUAAUGGAGGAGAGCAAACUAGGGAUUUUCUGGGUGUGGGUAUAGAAUCCAUUUGCCAUGCCGCUCCAAUCAACGGAUGGAUUUGAAGCAUAUAUCAGAAGGCACUCCAGAAUAUUCCCAAACUGGAUUGAAACACUAAAUAUGAUAUGAUGCAUGUGUAGCGAUGGAUAAUGUGAUAUUCCAUAUGUAAUUACUUGAAAGAGUAAUAUUGUUAAGUUUUUUGUUAA